AUGUCCGUUACAGCCAGCGUUGUCAAGCCUUUAUCUGGCCACCAGCAGGAUCCCAAUAUCCACCCUGAGCUCCAAAUACUCCGUACUGAACUUCAUGAGGUCCACGAUGGCAUGGCACGCUUCGGUCCCACUCUCCCAAGACCUCCCAUACUCGAUUCCUCCAUCGGCUUAAAUAGCAAACGGGACGGUGCAGAGGAUACCAAAGAAGCUGUUCCCGGUCUGCGGGCUCUACGUGAAUCCGUACAGCGAGACCUGGAUGCUACCGAGAAGUUCCUCUCAGAUCCCAGAUGCGCAUCCCUUCCACCGCUCUCGACUAAUGCACCUUACCUGAUCUCAGUGUGGAACGAAGUCUUAUUGGCGCGACCUCCCAUUCUCACCAUCGAGAAAACAUUCCCAGAACAGGAAAAUCAUAGUCAUCUACGUCGGCGCGGCUCGCAGAAGCCUCCGGGAGUCAAGGUGGACGUCGUCGCGGACGACGGCCGGCACUGGAUUCGCGUAAAUACGAUCACGAACUCGCGCAUACUCGCCGAGUUUCGUGAGAUCGAUUCUUAUCUGACGGACUCGGAGGACGAGUCUGAUAACCCCCAUGGCGGCGAGCGGCCGAGCCUCGCGCAAAUCCAGUUCGACAAUUCCGUCCUGCGCAUGGGUCGUGCACUUCUGGCAGCUGCAAAAAAGAACCCCAUAGCAGGAACUCCUGAAAUUCCUCAUGUCACAAUGCGUCUGACGCGCCUCGAAAUCUCUCCCGCGAAAGAAAAGGAACGUGAUCCCCGAAUCGCGCAGACCAUUCAAGUGUUGCGAGACAUGGGCAUCGACGUGCAGCUUGGAGAGCGAGACAAGUCCAUCCUCCCGACGGUGUCCGAAUCUUUGCCCCCUUCUGUGCCUCCACCGCUUGAACCAACUACACGUAUUAACCUCGAUCUCUCUACAUUGAUUGCACUUGUCUCGGACAUCACACACUCUCCUCUUCCGCUCUCUGUGGAAGAAGCCAACGCGCGAUUUGUUCCUUCCCCCGAGUAUCGCGAAUGGAAGAGGAAGCGGCUGGAGACAGUCAAGGGUUCUGCUGCUGCCGAACUAGAGAGCACCGACUUUGAGGACGGGCCCGGAAGACACUCGCGAGCUCUGAUAAAUCAGGCGCUGCAGGAGAUGGGGAAGGGCCUGCUGCAAGAAAUCCACGACCGGCUCGCAGCGCUGGCGAGCUCUUCCGGGAAACAUCUUUCUCAAUCACCCACGGUCAGUCUCCAACCAUCUUCUAUCCCCACGGUCGAGUUUUGGACCACCCGCGAAGCACGCGACCGCUGCCUCAAAAUCGUCCUGUCGAAAAUUGGCGGUCCGAACGAGAAACGCCGUGCACAGGCGCUCUUCCCCGAUACCGCAAGCCUGCCAAUGGCCGCCGACGAGGCCAUCGACGCGUAUUGGCUCCACUCGCGCUAUUCCCGGGCCUUCAUACCGCUGUUGCCAAUCCGCGUAUUUUCCUCAUCCGAGCCUGACCAGGAUCUCACCGCGCAGUCCAAUGGUAAGGGAGAAAAUACACUGCAGAUAUCUCCCUUCUUUUCCCUGCUCGCGUGGACUUGCAGAGACGUUCUUGCACAGGAGACGAUACCCCUUCCCGGCGCAGCAUCUUCCCCACAUACGCCAGACGAUGGUGACAUGGCAGGCGAGCCCGCUUCGGCGGCAGAUGAGCUCGAGGACGACGACGACGACGGUGAGAUCCAGCGCGCUGUGGUGACACGUGCGAAUUCCCGCCUAACUGCACAUACCGUGCAGAGCCUGCUGUGGGGUGCAGUCCGUGGCUGGACGACCCUGACUGCAAACAAAUCUAGCGUAAAGGCGAUUCUACGAGAGAUGAAGGCGGCGCGUGGCACACAAAGGCAGGGGUGGGAGCACGAGGUGCACACAGAUGGUGGCUCGCAGGCGACUUCGCAAGAUGGGGAGGGGCACGCAGGUGAUGGAGAAGUUGCAGCGGAGAAGGCAGCUUUGUGGCUGGUAGAUCCACGGAGUCUUGCGGAGGGUAUGCGCUCGGAUCGGGAUUACAGCUGA